AAUGAAUUAAAAAAAAAAAACACUUAUGGCAAUACCCUCAUCUGUCAUCCGUAUUUCUUUUUUCCCCGUCAACUUUCUGAAUUUGUCACGUCAACUUUUUCAGAAAACAUUUUCAACAAUGGGUGAACCAAUAUCUACAGCCACAACAUUUCCGAUUUUCGAAAAACCCGUUCUUCAAUUCAAUGAAAACGGGUGGGGACCAUGCGAGUUGCCUGAAACAUUCAAAGAUAUGCCCUACCAGCCAUUUAGCAAAAGCGAUCGUUUGGGUAAAAUUUGCGAUUGGACUGGUUCAUCUGCUAACGAUAAGAAAUAUCAAAACAAAUACCAAUCAAGCUUUGGAACUGGCAGCCAAUACGCUUACUUCCAUGAAGAAGAUGAAACAACUUUCCAUUUGGUGGAUACUGCUCGUAUUCAAAAACCACCACAUCAACGUGGUCGUUUCCGUGGCAACUUGAGGAAUUCAAGAUUCAUGCACAGGGGACGCAAUUCUCGUGGUGGCCUUCAAUCGGGCAUGACUACCCUUGGCAAGAAUGUAAAAUCACGCGAUAAUCGUCGUGGAAUGGGCAAAAAAUUCGGAAUGCGUAAUGCUCCACCCAAGAUCCGUGAUGCUUCUGUGGCUGUACGUGCUGAUUGGUCGACUGUCGAAUCCAUGGACUUCCCACGUCUAAUUAAAUUGUCGUUGCCAAACAUCAAAGAAGGGGAAGACAUUGUCACUUGUGGUACUUUGGAGUACUACGACAAGAGUUACGAUCGUGUGAAUGUCAAAAAUGAGCGUGCUCUUCAAAAGAUUGACCGUAUCGUUCAUACUGUCACCACCACCGAUGAUCCAAUUAUUCGUCGUCUAUCAAAGACCGUUGGUAAUGUGUUUGCCACUGAUGCAAUUCUGGCAACCAUCAUGUGUUGCACUCGUUCCAAUUACUCUUGGGAUAUUGUUGUCGAGAAGUUUGGAGACAAAAUCUUCAUGGAUAAGCGUGACAAUACUGAAUUCGAUUUGUUAACUGUAAAUGAGACAUCUGUGGAACCUCCAACUGAUGAUGAUGCAUCUCCCAACUCUCCAAGGAAUUUGGCCAUCGAAGCAACUUUCAUCAACCAUAACUUCAGCCAACAGGUUUUGAAGACCGGCGAGAAAGAACCCAAGUUCAAGUUUGAAGAACCAAAUCCAUUUAUUGGAGAAGACGAGGAUGUUGAAAUUGCUAGUGUUGGUUAUCGGUACAGGAAAUGGGAUCUAGGUGGUGGAAUUGUUCUCGUUGCCCGUUGUGAACAUGAUGCUGUUCUACAAACACCCAACAAUGAAGCUCAAUUCUUGACCAUUAAGGCCCUGAACGAAUGGGAUUCAAAACUUGCAAACGGUGUUGAAUGGCGUCAGAAGCUCGAUACCCAACGUGGUGCUGUUUUGGCCAAUGAAUUGCGUAACAAUGCCUGCAAACUGGCCAAGUGGACCGUUCAAGCUGUCCUCUCUGGAUCUGACCAACUGAAAUUCGGUUAUGUUUCCCGUGCUCACAUCCGUGAUCCCUCACGUCAUGUCAUUUUGGGCACACAGCAAUUUAAACCCCAUGAAUUUGCCACUCAAAUCAAUCUUAGCAUGGACAAUGCUUGGGGUAUUCUGCGUUGCAUCAUUGACAUUGUCAUGAAGCAAAAGGAUGGCAAAUAUUUGAUCAUGAAGGAUCCCAACAAGCAAAUGAUCCGCUUGUACGAUAUUCCCGAUAAUACAUUCGAGAGUGAUGGUUCUGAGGAGUGCGACGAUGACAAUGAAACUUUCCAACCCGUUUACUCGUACGGCAGCAGCAAGAGAAUUUAAUUUUUCACUGAGUAAAUUUGUGAAAUUUUUUUUUACUAAAAACAUUUUCAAUAAAUAAUAAAAAAAAAUUGUUUAGCAAAGAAAUCAUAAUUUUUGUAAAGCAGAAAAGUGAAGAAAGUGUUUCUAGAGAAAAAUAAGACAAAAAACAAAACAUCUUGAAAAAAUAUAAUCUGGUAUUUGUAUAUCGUGCGAACAAAGCUUGAAUUCAUUAUGAUAGUUUGUGAAAAAAUUAAUUAUACUAAAAAUUACAACUUCUUCAAUAAAAAACAUCAUAGAAGAAAAAU